AUGUAUCGCGUAGCAGUGUUUGCUGGCCUUGGCUCCGACGCCCUCUUUUCACGUACUACCUUGGACACGGCCAUCCAAGAUGCUUCUCUACCAGAAUCACAAGUCAUCUUGCGAGCAUGUCAUGCCGUUUUUCGAACGCAGAUAACUAAAGCCGUAGAGCAAGGCCAUUUGUUCCCAGAGUCAGUUAAUCUGGAUGACUUCGCUCAACCAGAGAGCCUCAUACGACCUUCCCUUACAUAUCAUCACAAUGUCGUUAUACAGCACACAGCCAUAUACCUUGUUCAGAUAUUCCGAUUCCUCAGUCACUCAAGAGGGUCUCAUGAUGUCCAAGGCGUUGCUGGAUUUUGUGCUGGCCUAUUACCCGCUGCUGUCGUAGCCACAUCUCACAAUGUGAUUGAGUUCAUGCAACGUGCGCAGGACUUGUUCCACGUUGCGCUAUGGCUCGGCAUCAACUCGGAAUCAUAUCGCCAUGCAGAACUCUCUCGAGGUGGCUGCUCUCCGAAUCUACCUUGGAGCAUGGUAGUUCAUAAUAUCUCUGAUGAUAUCCUUGCUGCGUUGAUCAGUGAUACUCAAAUUCCUGUAUACGUUACCGCCAGAAACUCAGCGGGUUGUGUAACCCUGAGUGGAAUAGGAGACCAGCUCGCACAAUUCAUCGAGGAGAAACUUCCAACCAAAUGUAGAGCACGGCCGACGAAUGUCUUCUCCUUAUAUCACAAUCGCGAUAGAUUAAGUGACAUUUUCCAUCAAACGGUAGAAGUCCUUGGUCAGGAACUAUCUUCUCAAUGGGAAGUUCCAGUGGCUCCAGCGGCCCCGCUUUUCUCCACGGUAACGGGCGAGCCCCUAUUCAUCUCUGAAACUUCGACAACACUCGGACAACUGGUUUCGCUCUUAUUAGAGAUGAUCUUGCUAGAACCAGUCGAUUGGAUCUCUGUACAAGACAGCGUACUGUCAGAGAUUCAGCACCGCGCUGAUUCGGAAAAGUGUGAGAUCCUGAACUUUGGUCCGGGGUAUGGAGUAUCGAAGUCAACACGUCAGUUGCCUCAGGCGGCGGAAAUUCGUGACGUCUCAGCUGCUGGGGCAUCUAGUACAUCAGAAGCGGAAGCUUCUGGUAUUUCGUUGGACGAUAUAGCUAUCGUGGGGAUGGCAGUUGACCUGCCCGGUGCCUCAGACGCUGAUGAGCUGUGGGAUAACCUUUGCAACGGGGUAAACUCGUGCUCAGAAAUCCCUGCCUCGAGAUUCCACAUAGACGACUUCUAUCAGAAGAAGGACGAGAAAGGCAACCGUGCCAAACGAUCAAUAAACACCAGAUACGGAAACUUCCUCAAGAAUCCGUUCCUUUUCGACAAUGACCUCUUCGACAUAUCCCCUCGGGAGGCCAAGUCAAUUGACCCUCAGCAACGAGUGCUCCUUCAGACGUCAUAUCGCGCUCUGGAGGAUGCUGGAUACGUUCCUGACUCCACUCCUUCUUUUGCCCGGGACACAUUUGGCUGCUUCGUCGGUAACGCAACGCUCGACUAUCCCGAGAAUCUUCGCGCUGACAUCGACGUGUACUAUAGCCCAGGUACACUACGGGCAUUCCAGAGUGGACGCAUCUCUUACUACUUUGGCUGGAGUGGUCCAUCGAUUACGCUUGACACUGCCUGCUCUUCAUCAAUGGUCGCCCUGCACCAGGCGGUGCGUGCCCUAACAGCCGGCGACUGUAGGGCGGCACUCGUAGGUGGAGUGAACGUAAUUACUAGCCCAGACAUGUACCUUGGUCUUGAUCGCGCACAUUUCCUCAGCCCUACGGGUCAGUGCAAAGCUUUCGAUGCGUCCGCAGAUGGAUACUGUCGUUCCGAAGGUUGUGGAAUCUUCAUUGUCAAGAAAAUGAGAGACGCACUCGCGGAGGGCGAUCGAAUCCACGCUAUUAUCAAAGGGAUCGAGUUGAACCAGAGCGGGAACGCGCACUCAAUUACCCACCCUCACUCCCCCACGCAAGAGCAACUGUUUCGCCGUCUGCUAGACAAGACGAAGAUCCAUCCCCACCAGCUCACGGUCGUUGAAACUCACGGAACGGGAACUCAAGCCGGAGACCCGAAUGAGCUAGAAAGUCUACGUGGUGCCCUAUGCAGAGGCCGUAGCCCUCGAAACCCGGUGCACUUUACAUCGAUCAAAGCAAACGUCGGCCAUGCAGAGGCAGCAUCUGGUGCUGCCGCCUUAGCCAAGGUGGUUCUUAUGAUGAAAUAUGGGAAGAUACCACCUCAGGUCUCUUUAAAGAAUCUUAACCCGAAGAUCCAAAAGCUUGGUGUGGAUGGUUCCAUGAUCGACAGCGAAGUCACACCAUGGCAACAGCCUGGAGGCGGGCCAAGACUAGCGCUGAUAAAUAACUUCGGAGCAGCUGGAUCAAAUGCCGCCGUGAUCCUUCGAGACUAUGACGUCCCUGUUACUCCUCGACUUACCCUUAACGGCGAUGCCCAAACAUAUGUAUUGGGCUUGUCUGGAAAGAGUACCAAGGUCCUAAAUAAACUUCGCGAGGAGCUGAUUGCCGACUUGACUAGCACUCUCUCAACAGGAUCGCCUUCUUUGGCUGAUAUCUGUUAUACAAUAACAGCACGUCGGCAACUUUACGACUACCGCAUAUCGGUAACAGCUGACUCGGUCGAGAAGCUGAUAAAAAGCCUAGGAAGUGCUCAACCGAACCAUGUACCAAUUGCAAAGGCCCCUAAGCUUCGAAUUGCCUUUGUCUUCUCGGGACAGGGUUCGCAGUAUCUGGGAAUGGGUCAGCAGCUCAUGUCCAUUUAUCCUACCUUCUCAAAGACCAUUCACCAAUGCGAUCAAAUCUUAAAGAGGAAUGGCUUCCCAGGGUGUUUGGAAAUAAUCGAUCCAAGCAGGGCGACUAGCACAAACCAAGAAGACAACAGCUCACAGCUUCAGGCUUUCCAGUCUGCCAUAUAUGCAUUAGAGGUUGCGUUAGCUCAGUUGUUGAUAUCCUGGAAUAUUCUGCCAACCUUAGUCGUCGGACACAGUCUCGGCGAGUAUGCUGCUCUCGUAAUUGCAGGGGUAUUGGAUUUCUCUAGUGGUGCUCUUCUCGUUGCCCGUCGCGCUGAAUUAAUGGUGACCGAAUGUGAAAUUGGAAAGACGUCGAUGCUAGCUGUGAACAUCGGAGCAUCAGAUGCGCGGGCGAUGAUCGCAGGCGACUCCCGUUUCCAGCAAUUGACCAUCUCGUGCGACAACAGCCGCACAGAUUGCGUAGUGGGUGGACCUAUACCUCAGUUGCAAGCUUUUAAGGAGCAUAUUAAAAGCGCGGGUGGAAUCAAGAGCAAACUCCUCGAUGUUCCCGUGGCAUACCAUACGGAUGCCAUGGAUCCCAUCCUCCCCGAGCUGAUCAAGUUUGCGAAUACGGUGGUAUUGAGAAAGCCCUCGAUUCCGGUUGUCUCGAAUGUCUUAGGGCAUAUAGUACCAGCGGGAGAGGAUGUGUUUACUCCCGAUUACUUUGCACGCCACUCGCGACAGACGGUGGCCUUUCAACAAGGUCUAGAUGAAUACCUGGUAGGUUCUCCCGAUGCAGACACGACCCAUUGGGUGGAAAUUGGACCGCAUGCUUCUCUCCUCCCUAUGAUCUCGACGCAAGCUACCGCAGCACAAGCCGGUCUGGUGCCAUGUCUACGAAAGGGAAUCUCGCCGUCUGCCACUUUAUCGCAGCUUUUAAGCCAUUUCUACCAGAAGGCGGCUCCGGUCAAAUGGCGCCAGGCUUUUGAUUUUCAGGACAAGCCUCGAUUGGUCAAUCUCACUGGUUUACCAUUCUUCCAAUCCGAGUUCGUGAUUCCGUACCCCCACGAGACAUCGUCACUCUUGACUGGGUUACCCGAGAAAGUUCAGGAUACGAUAUCCGGGAACGUAUUCCUUAGAAGAACGGUCCAAAAAGCCUCUGAAAGCAAUGACUUCACCGGUAUUUAUGAGACAUCGAUCCAGUCCCUGAAGGAGUUUAUCACCGGCCAUAUCGUUUGUGAACAUGCGCUUUGCCCGGCGUCAGUAUACCACCAAAUGGCCCUAUCGGCGGUACAGGAUAUGCAACCAGAAAAGACCACGGAAUCGGCUUGGUCACUUUCGGGCAUAACCUAUGUUGCUCCGCUUCUCUACACCAGCCAGUCAACCGCUGUAGUUCGCAUUCGCGUUUCCCCAUCUGGAGGUGCUCAAAAUGACUUCAGCUUUGAAGUCUCAUCUUUCGCUAAUGGUACUGACCCUGGUCGCGGUAGCGCGCAUUGCAAGGGCCACCUAAAAUGCAAGAUUAGGAAGUCCGCAGAACAGAAAUACACACGAGCGGCUCGCAUGUUAAAGAGGCAGAUUGACCGAUUCAUUCGUCCUGACCCAAGUAUCAUCCUGGAAACGUUCUCGACAAAAGCCAUGUACGAGAAUGUUUUCACCCGAGUAGUCACGUAUUCCAAGUUGUACCAACAGGUGCAAUAUAUUCGCAUCAGCCCAGAAUGUGAUGAAGCAUACGCGCGAUGCAAGUCUUCGAGUACACCAUCUAACACCCCAGCAGAUAGCAGCGCCAUCUUUAUGGACGUUUUGUUGCAUGUGGCCGGGUUUGUUGCGAACCUUUCCAUUGCUAGCGGUGAGGCUUGCAUUUGUAAAGAGGUGGAAUCGGCAUUGGUUCUCCGUGAGCCAGCCUCCCCUGGAACUAUGUUUGACGUUCACUGCACCGUGAUUGAAUUGUCCGAGGAGGGACUUUUCAUUGCUGAUGCGCAGGCAACCGAUGAACACGGUGUGAUGGCAUCAUUUAAGGGAAUGGCCUUCCAGCGAGUCCAGCUAGCCAAGAUUAGCCAGGCAUUCGGUAUACAAUCAAGGAGAGGACAGGGAAUGUCGAACACGCCGAAGACGAACGCAGCACCACGUCCUCAGCAGCCUGCAGCUACCAAAAAGGUCGCUGAGAAUCAACCGGCGAUCUCCGCUCCGUCGUCCCAAUCGAACUUGGCCAUGAAGAAUCUCAUAGCCCAGACGUGCGGCGCAGAGCCAACUGACUUAUCCUCUGAGUCGAAUUUAGAAGCGUUUGGAUUCGACUCACUACUGAUGAUCGAAUUAGAAGCCCAGUUAUCAUCAGCUUACCCCUCGUUAGACGUUUCUGGCUUAGCAGAGUGUCAUACCAUCGGCGAUAUCGAGAGACUCUGCUCUGGGCAGGAAACCAUAGACACUCCACCAAACUCCGUCGUCGAUAUGCCCAACGAAGACGUAUCUUAUGUCGCUGAUGAUAUCCCUGAUAUUCGAAAGCUUACCCGUGCCAUAAUUGCCGAAACAUGCAACGGGAACAUCGAUAGCAUCGACUCAAGUUCCGAGUUAUCGGCGUUGGGUAUAGACUCAUUGAUGAUCUUCGAACUGGAAUCGAGCCUAUCGAAGAUCAGCAACGGUGGGUAUCUCUCGACGUCGGAUUUAGGAGAAUGUCACACAGUCGGUGACGUCGAGAAGUUGAUCCUAAGCAGCUACCCUCAAUUGCCAACGCAGGAUAGUAGCUCGGCCAUCUCAAGUUCAAACUCAUCCUCGUCAGCAAGCAGGGCAUCAUUAUCAGGCGUAACAAUCCCCACCGCGAUUCCCACCGUGCCCGUAACGCCCAUAAACUCCGAGCCGUCCCAAGUCCUCUUCGGCGCCGCCACCAUCGACAAGGUCGCGCGUAUCCUCAACCUGGACCAGCAGCCCGAGAUCGUGCAAGCAGCCCCGUCAUCCCAGCACACGGGCCACGACAAGCGGGAACCGUCCCUCUUCCUCAUCCACGACGGCAGCGGCGUGUGCACGCACUACCACCGCCUCCAGCCCCUCGGGCGCCCCGUGUACGCGCUGCACGACCCGAAGCUCCUCGACCCGUUCGACGGGUGGGCCAGCCUCGGCGCCAUGGCCGACGAGUACGCGCGCCAGAUCGCCGCCGCGACCGCGGGCCCGUACCUGCUAGGCGGCUGGUCGUUCGGCGGCGUCGUAGCCUUCGAGGCGGCGCGGCGGCUGCUCGCCCAGGGCCACGGCGUCAUCGGCGUCGUCCUCAUCGACGCGCCCGCGCCCGUGGACCAUCAGCCGCUGUCGCCGCGCAUCAUCGACGCGGUGACGGGCCAAGCCAAGGCCCCCGGGACCGAAGCGGCGAAGGCGAUCCGCGCUCUGACGCGGCGCAGUUUCGCUUCGUGCGCGAGCUUGUUAGGUGCCUUUACGCCCGAAUCGCCCGCGGCGCUGCCCAUGCCGCGCGUCUUCUUGCUCCGGUCGCGGGAGGGCUGGCAGGACGCGUCGGAUCCUGACUUUUUUGAGAACGAGUGGCUGCAGGACCGGCGCAGUCCGCGCGGGGCAAUCAGCGGCUGGGAGACGGUGACCGCGUCGAAGGUGGCAUGGGUAGACAUCCCCGGUAACCAUUUCCAGGUCUUCGAUUCUGCUAAUAUUGAAGCGGUUUCGACAUCGAUACGACGCGCUUGCGUUGAGUUGGAAGGCGCAUAUUCUCGCGUUUAG